CCAGGUGCGUUUAGAGCCUCAAUCAGUGGGCGGGGCUUCAGGUCACCUGAGGACGCUUAUAAAUUGUUACCAGUCAGUUCCACCGCUUGAAUACUGCUGCCUGCUGUGAGUUGUUGAAUUGAUAGGCAGUACGCUCCAAUAUUCUCCAGACAUGAGUUCUGCAAAACCGUACAUUGGCUGUAAAAUAGGGCUGGUCUCAAAAGCCCAGAAUCGUUAUGAGGGGAUUUUGUACACAAUUGACAAAGUGAACUCCACAGUAGUGCUGGCGAAAGUCAAGUGUUUUGGAACGGAGGGACGACCCACCGAUAGACCAACGCCACCCAAAGACGACAUCUAUGAGUACAUCACUUUCCGGGGAAGUGAUAUUAAGGACAUCACACUGUGUGAAGCUCCAAGAUCUCACCACGGCCUGCCCCCAGAUCCUGCAAUCGUACAGUCAUCCAGCGCAGGCUCUUCGGGAAUCUACUCAGCUCGUGAGCCAUUUAGCCCCCUGAGGAUGCCCGCCUACAGCCAGCUUGCUGCCAACUCUCUGCUUAAUCAACAGUAUGCUGCAGCUCUUGGCCUUGGGCCUGUACUCCCAGGCCUACAUCUCAGAAGGGGCCCCAUGGUGGAAAAGGCUGUUCAAACCCUCCAUGUGGACAGAUCUAGGCAGAGGAGAGGUUCGACUGCAUCCCAGGAGCAGGAGCAGCGGUGGGAAAGACGGAGGCCCCAGAGGACCAGAGGAGAGAGUUUCCCGAGCAGAAAGGGCACUGGAGCCACCAUGAAGUCAGGCCCAAGUAUGCCCAGUGCUCGGCAUGAAACUCGGCAGCAGAACAAUGAAAACAGGCCAACACCACCCAGAAGAAGACAAGGAGCUCGGAGGCGCAGGAACCGUAGUAGAGGCCAGCUGAUGGUGGCUAACGUUCCAUCUGCCACCCUCAAGUUUGACACCGACUUUGAUUUCGAUUCCUCAAAUGCGCAGUUUAUCAAGGAGGAGCUGGAGCGGCAGGUGCAGGACAUGAACAUAAAGGAUGGAACUCAUGAGGUAGAAAACAAAGAAAAAGAGGAACUGCACCAGACUGCUGAAGACGAUCAUGUUGGACCAAAAUGCUACUAUGACAAAGCAAAGUCUUUCUUUGACAACAUCUCAUCUGAUAAGAAGUUCAGACUAACAUGGGCGGAGGAGCGGAAGCGCAAUCUGGAGACCUUCGGGGUCCCUGGACGGUUCCUGAGGGGCCGAGGCUUCAGAGGUGGAUAUGCUGGACAGAGAGGGCGGGGCACUGUUCAGGUCCAGUCUUCUUACAGAGCCAGGGGUGGCCGGCUGUAGAGGUCAGAGUUUGAUACCAAGGCAGGAAAGCCACCACAUUUUCGUGUGGUUAUCUCCCUUUAAACAGAUGGGACUGAGCGACAGCAGCUCUGAUGGCACUGUAAGAAGGAUCUUCUUUUUUUUUUUCUUAUUUUUUUUUUUUUCUCUCUGAGGCAGUUAUCCUGCCCUCAUAUUACCAAGAUUGUACUUUAAUUUGUCUUUUUCUCCCAUUUUGAAUAUGGAUGCAUGACUCACUAAAGGGUCCACUGUAUGUGACUAUAAUUUUCUUUUCCUUCCCCUUAAUCUUUGCCAGAAGUUUUUUUUUUUUUCCCCCAAGUAAAGGGGAAGUGAAUGCCUAAGUUCUGUUUUUUUUUUUUUGUUUGUUUUCUGAUCCCUGGAAGAUUUUCACUCAAAGUAUUGCUUUCUUGUUUUAAAGCAUCUGGUUUUUCCUCUUAAGUACUUACCCUAUUUUGUAAUAUUAUUUCUCCAAAUGUGUUUCAAACUACACAUUAUAAAUGUAUAAAAAAUUAUCUGAACUUGUAUGUAUUUGAAGGUUCAGGCUUGUGCAUUGCUUUAUUCUGUCAUACUGAAGCAACAAGUGUAAUGUCAAUAAACUGGAAACUGCUUA